AACUCUCCAACACACACAAACACAAGUACACAACAGUACAGGAUCAAAACAGGGGAAGACAGACAGACAAAUACUCAAUGUCUCACGAUCGCAAUGUGAAGAACGCUGUAAUAGCACUCUUGGUUCCUCUUCCCUCCAUUCUCUUCUACCUCUCACUCCUCAACCACUAUGAUUCAUCACUCGCCACUGAAUCUGACCCAAGUUUCCAGUCUUCUUGGUCAACUUUAUGGGCAUGGUGCUAUCACCACCCUCUGCUAUUAGCCAAUGCUCUCUUCUUCUUCAACGUCAAUGUCCUCUUCUGGGUCAUCGGCCAAAUCCAAUCUAGUCACUGGGUACAUACACACAUACAACUCCCACACUUCACUCACAUUCACAUUUUCUUUUCUGGGUUCCUUCAAAGUAAACAUGUUUUACUGUUAGUGAUGGUGCAGAUGAUUGAUCCUUAUUGGACAGUGAUUCCUGUUAUGCUUGCUCAUUACUAUGCAACUCACCCUUUGGCUCACUAUGAUUGGUGGAGGUCCAGGAUUGUGAUCUUGUUGACUUGGGUGUGGAGUAUCAGGCUCACUCAUAACUAUUUCAGGCGUGAGAAAUGGCAAUGGGGUGCUAGGGAGGAUUGGCGUUUCACAGAGAUGAGCCAACAGUAUGGAAAACAAUGGUGGUGGGUUUCCUUCUUUGCUGUCUAUGUCUCCCAGCAGAUGUUUUUGAUUGGGUUGUCCCUUCCCUUAUAUGUUAUCCACUCUGUCAAUCAACCUUUGAGCAUCUGGGACUUGGUAGCUAUUGUUGUCUGUUUAUGUGGCAUUGUCAUGGCAUAUUUUGCUGAUACACAGCUCCAUGACUUUAUGAGUAGAAACAACAAGCUAAAAGGGCUUGGUAAACCCUUGGUCCCUGUCCUUGACAAUGGCUUGUGGUAUUACUGUCGGCAUCCCAAUUACGUUGGUGAGCAGUUGUGGUGGUGGGGACUGGUUGUGUUUGCAUGGAGCCUCGGAUAUGGAUGGACCUUUAUUGGAGCAUUGGUUAACACCCUGUGUUUGGCUUACGUGACUCGACUUGUGGAGGACCGAAUGUUGAAGCAGGAAAGUAGGGCAGAGGCGUUUAGGUUGUAUCAGAAGACAACUUCAGUGUGGAUACCUUGGUUCAAGUCCUCUCCUUCAGGAUUAAGUUCAGUGAAAAAUAAGAAUGCUUGAUGUUUUUCUUUGUUCAUUGGUUGGUUUUGUAAAAUUAUCAUCUUGGUAUUUUUUUUUUAAGUGUUGUAUUUUUUCUUGUUAAUUUAAUGGAAUCAUGAAUUGUAUGUGUUCUAGACAUGUAGGUUUGCUGUGAUAUUGUAUAAAAUCUUUAUGCAUCUGCUGCAUUUGGAGCUAUAUAAUACAUGAUAUGUCAAAGCUUCCUAAAGGAAUAAGAUAUCUUUUUGAAUCCA